GACACGGGGAGGGGGGGCUUGCAACCUGCACGAGGCAGAACGCGGCAGAAAACGACUUUCUUGCAGGAGUCACAUGACUGCCUUGUAAUAUCCUGGUAAUAACAGCCGAGUAUUGGGCGCUUACGGUGUGUCGUCUAUUCGUCGAAUUAGGUGCUAGUAUACUCUUCGAAUUUAUUUGUUUUACGUGUAGAUUUCUUAUCAAGAAGGCACACCCGCACUACCUAAACACCAUUGGUAGGGACGUUUCGCUAACCGCGAAGUUCGAACGUAAAAUUUAGAACACAUGGUAUACUAUUUUACUAUUUCAAUACUGUUAUGCACGUAAAUUUUGAGUUGCGUCUGAAUUUGGGAAAUAGUUAAAGCAUAAGAUUUAUGCAGUUUUGAAUAUUCCUUAAAUAUUUGAAAACUUGAAAGAAUGGAGCAGUGGAACCUGGAAACAUCCGAGCCGUUUGCCGUAAUGGGCACUGUAGUUCAUUCACACCACUCUAAAUCUAUAAAUAUUCUUCAGAAUCAUGUCAUUAUUGUACAUGAUGGUAAGAUUCAACAUAUUGGCAUGGCACCAAGUCUUCAGGAGCUGAAAGAAGUUCACAAUAUUUCAGAAAGGCAAAUAAUUCAGCUGUCCCCAAGCCAGUUCAUAAUGCCUGGAUUAAUUGACACACAUAUUCAUGCCCCUCAGUAUCCAAAUGCUGGACUGGGCUAUGAUAAAACACUACUGGAAUGGUUGGAGACUUAUACUUUUCCUCUUGAAAAGCAAUAUGGAGAUUUGGUUCAUGCUCAGAAUGUUUAUAAACAUGUUGUUGUCACCAGUCCACCAGCUGGUGCUGAUAGCAGUGUAGUUUGUGAGCUUCUAAUGGCAAAAGAUACGCAUCAUUCUCUGAACAGUGGGACAACUACAGCAUGUUAUUUUGCUACCAUUCAUUUAGAAUCGUCCUUACUUCUUGUAGACUUAAUGACAGAAUUAGGACAAAGAGGUUUUGUAGGCAAAGUGAAUAUGAAUACAUGUCAGAAUAAAGGAUAUAAUGAGAAGACUGAACAGUCAGUCACUGACACAGAAAUUUUUAUCAAAAAUGUUUUGCAACGAAAAAACCAACUAGUUCAACCUAUUAUUACUCCUCGAUUUGCCUUGAGUUGUGAUUCAAUACUUAUGAAGAAAUUAGGAGAGUUGGCUAAAAAAUAUAAUGUUCAUAUCCAGACACAUAUAUCAGAAAACUUAGGGGAAAUAGAAGCUGUUAAGGAAAUAUUUCCAGAUUCAAAACAUUAUGCAGAUGUGUAUGAUAAAGCUGAAUUGCUGACCAAAAAAACGGUGCUAGCCCAUGGGGUAUGGCUGAAAGACGAAGAAAUAAAACUGUUGGUCUCUCGUGGCUCUUCAGUAUCUCAUUGUCCCUGUUCUAACACCAACCUCCAGAGUGGCCUUUGCAAUGUGCGUCGUCUUCUUGAAGCUGGGGUUAAAGUUGGUUUAGGAACUGAUGUGUCUGGAGGCCAUACUCCCUCGAUCCUGGAUGUAAUGCACAGUGCUCUUGACACAAGCAUCCAUGUGUUCUUCCAACAUAAAAAUAUUAUUCCUUUAACUUACCACGAGGUCUUUUAUUUAGCUACACUUGGAGGAGCUGAAGCUUUGGCACUCGAAAAUGAAGUGGGAAAUUUAAUGCCUGGGAAACAGUUUGAUGCUCUGAUUGUUGACAUGUCAAGUCAUUAUUUAUUGAAUAGUGAGCCAGAGACCCUGGUACAAAAAUUUGUCUAUUGUGGUGAUGAUCGCAAUAUAAUUUUGGUUUUUGUGGGUGGUAAAAUAGUGAAAAAGACAAAAAUUUAAAUAAUGGGCGAAUUUAUGUCCAAAUUGCUUGUUAAACCAUGGUACAAAAGACCACCAUUCUUAAGUAUCUUCAAAAAAACAUGAUUUAUACAAUCUGAACAGCUAUUUUGCAUGACUUUGAAAAUAUUUAGAAAAUGCUCUCUUUGAAAACAGUUGGUUAAAAUGAAGCAAUAUUGUUUGUUGUCCUAAUAAUAUUCUUGCAACUAAACUAAACAUGGCUCUUGAGAAAUUAAUGUACAUUU